ACCAAGCCGACGAUAGCCGAAGCAGCUUGCGACCAUUUUCGUGAAUUUGUUGGACGCGGAUGGUGACUGAUAGACAUUUCUGAAGUAGUGUCGUUUUUCUGGGUUCAGCAAUUUCAAGACAAUGCCGUCUCUGUUAUUUUGUGGCCCCAAACUGGCCGCCUGUGGCAUUGUGCUGAGCAUAUGGGGAGUUAUAAUGCUGGCGAUGUUGGGGAUCUUCUUCUGUUCAAAAUCAGCUGUGCUGAUCGAGGAUGUUCCCUUCACCGAGGAAGACAUCCGUAAUGACAAAAGCCCACCCCAGAACAUCUAUUCACUGUACAAUCAAGUGGGCAUCAACUGUUUCAUUGCUGCGGCCAUCUAUGUUGGAGUUGGUGCUGUGUCUCUAUGCCAGGUUCGCCUGAACAAACGUCAAGAGUAUUUGGUGACAUAAGUUGAACAGAUUAAAAGCAGUUCCCAAAAUCUUCCAAGCAUUAUUUAUUUGUAGGUGGCUUGUGUGACAACCUGUGGAUUAGCAUUAUUCAUUAUAUUGGAGUGACUCCUGUAGCAGUUCAAGCUUCCCCUUUUAAGAAACUUUAUUUGGGACAUAUAUAGAUAAAUAGAGACUAAUUAAUCUUGCAAAUCAAUGAACUGUUUAUCAAGUAUUAAUGAUUGUUUAUACACAUGUAUGUGAAGAUCCUUUUAAACUGAAAAACCACUAGUCUGAGAGGAUAUGUUUUAACAAAACACCCAGUAAAAGCGGAAAGUAUAGAAUGAAAGUCAAACUGAGUGGACCAAAAUAAAAGCAGCUGACAUUUAACGUAUCCUGUGGCAUCAUAAAAAAAGAAAAACGGAACAAUCUGGCAUCAUGCUUAUUUAAUAGUCAUUUAUUUUAAUGUAUUUAAUAUGCUACUCAAUACACUGUUCUUUUUAUGUUGAGUUAUUUCUAUUUUAUUGUUAACUUAUUUACCUUGAAUUCCUCAUUCGUUCAUUUACUUGAUGUGGUUGCUGUUGCACUAUGAAAGUGCUAUGUGUGAAGGGUAUGUGAUGGAAAUGUGAAAUGUCCUUUUAAAUAACAUGUCAAGUGGAAAUAAAAGGCUCAUUGUUUCACUA